GUAAAAAAAUGAAAAAAAUCUGAGUUUCCAAAAAAAGGAAAAUCUGAAGAGAAAACGGCACAGUGAGCUGAAUCAGAAUUAGGUGCAAACUUUCUUCUCCACACACUCAAAAUCUGUAAUGUGUCUAAUUUCGUUUUAUCAUGUCGCAAGUUUGAGUUGUUUAAGUAUUACGUUGAGGGUGGAGAACGAACCCUCGACCUCCUUAUUAGUGUGCUCCUUAAUUUAGAUGGAUGCUACUUCUUUGGAGUCAAAUAGCAACAUCCAAACUGAACAACAUCCUUUGCUGAUGGAGCAGCCAGAAAGCAGUAAUGGACAUCACCACAUAAUUGAUGUUACAAGGAAUGAUGAAACUUUGUCUACAUCAUCUCAUAAUGAUCAACACUCGGAAACACAUUUACCGGUGAUUAAUAAUCAACCAGCUGGGGGUACAGAUGACUACACUCAUCAAACAGCUUCAUCUUCUGCAUCUAGAUUAGACUCUACAUAUUCCGCUCCAUUGAGAAGUCGUGAGGGGUAUGGCCGUCGCAGAACGAAUCCAUUGAACUCUGGACUGUGGAUUUCUGUUGAGCUUGUUGUCACUGUGAUUCAAAUCAUAGCAUCUAUUGUGGUUUUGUUGUUGUCAAGAAACGAAAAUCCACAAGCACCACUGUUUGUGUGGGUUGUAGGUUAUGCAUCUGGGUGUAUUGCCACACUUCCUAUUCUUUAUUGGCGUUUUCAAAACCGUAAUCAAAGAACUGAACAACAUACCUCUCAGCCAUCUCAAGAAACUUCUGCAAGUAAUCAUCUAGAUAAUUCUCAUACCGCCGUGUAUGUUUCUCAUGUUUCGGAUGAGGAGAAUGGUCAUGCUAUACAAUCAGCUACAGGAAACACUAUAAUUCCCAGUGUCUUUACUUCUGGUUUUAAGGGAUUAGUAGACCAUUUGAAGAUGGCCUUGGAUUGCUUCUUUGCAGUUUGGUUUGUAGUAGGAAUUGUUUGGAUCUUUGGAGGUAACACCUCUUCUUCUGAUGCUCCACAAUUAUACAGGUUAUGUAUUGUGUUUCUUACUUUUAGCUGUAUUGGAUAUGUUAUGCCAUUUAUACUUUGUGCAACUAUUUGUUGCUGCCUACCCUGCAUAAUUUCUGCUUUGGAUAUUCGGGAUGAUUUAUCUCAAAAUAGAGGAGCAACAGUAGAAACAAUCAAUUCUCUACCAGUCUACAAGUUCAAAGUGAAGAACAAUGAAAAUGCAGCUUUAGAAGAAUGUGGGAUUUUGGCUGCAGGGACAGAAAAAGAGCGAAUACUCUCAGGAAAAGAUGCUGUUUGCUGCAUUUGCUUGACAAAAUAUGCAGAUAAUGAUGAACUUAGAGAGUUACCUUGCUCACACAUAUUUCAUGUUCGAUGUGUUGACAAAUGGUUAAAGAUAAAUGCAUCUUGUCCUCUUUGUAAAAGUGAAAUUGGUGCCAGUAAUUAAGGGUAUACCUUCAACCUGGGACUAGGUCCCAAAUUAAAAGGUCACGAGAGUUUAUCUUAACAGAAGGCACAUAUCCCCUAUGAAAUCGCAGCUUUGCAAGUAUAAAUCAUCAAAACUUUUGACUUACGCUUUCAAGGUCAGAACAGAAGAUGGAUGCAAAGACACUUGAUGUAUGUUAAGCAUAUAUAAUGCUACAAGCUAGUAAAAUGUGUUUCCCCAUCUUAGAACCCUUUUCUUCCUGUUUUCUCAACCUCUCUCCACUGGUUUUACAUACUCAUGAUGUAUAGUUGUGUAGAAAAUAGGUUGUAUCAAAUCUUUCUUUGUUUAUCAGCUCUCCAUGUGUAUAUAUAACCAAAUUUAAUGAAAACAAUUGUCAUUUUCUGAAAUAUUAUAGGUAUGAAGGCUUUGUUUGGAUGAAAAGUAAGUGCAAGUAAAGAAUGUAAAAGAAUGAAACUAUGAAAGUGAGAUGAUUUUAGGAUAUGCGUGUUUGUGA